UUUCAUUCGAUUGAUCUCUCUUUCUCUUUCAUAUGAAACUGAAACCUCACCCAUCUGCAGUGCCUGUGGGUAGGUGCUCCCUUCUUCACUCUCUCUAUUUCUCUCUCUAGGUUUCUCCUUUCUUUCUCCGAUCCUUCACCGUAACCGUCUCCGGCAACAAUCAUUUUCUCUCUCUAGGUUAGUUUUUUCUCUCUCUAACCUUUUUCAUUGAUGCACGUGAAUCGGAUUUGCAUGACCUCAAUUCAAUUUCAUGGGACACAAAAAGCGAAACUCUGUUCCUCCUCGUUCCAAACUAUCUCCGGCGGCUUCUCCGGUGAAUCAAUCUCCCAUCGGCGGAGCCGCCACCGCCACCACCACCAACGGCUCUACUUCACCCGAUGCCGAUAAUUCAAUCAUUCUAUUCGAUCCUAACCCUAACAAGAUCGAAUUUGCCAAUAACGGUUCUCCUCAAUCCGAGGCUUCUCAUUUCUCUGCAAUUAAGGUAGAAUGCGAGCGUGCCUUAACCACGUUUCGUCGUGGGAAUCAUAAUCGAGCAAUGAAGCUCAUGAAGGAGUUGUGUUUGAAAGAAGAAGGUUCGUUUUAUUCGCCUUUUGUUCAUCGAAUUUACGGUUUUAUUUGUUUUAAAGUGGCUUCUGUUAUCACUGAUUGUAACGCGAAGCAACGGCAUUUGAAGCAUGCUGUUGAUUUGGCUAGAAGAGCUGUUGAGCUUUCGCCGAAUUCGGUUGAGUAUGCACAUUUUCAUGCUAGUGUGAUGUUGGAAGCUGCUACCGAGGCGAAGGAUUAUGAGGAUGUGGUUCAUGAGUGUGAGAGAGGGCUUGCGAUUGAAUAUCCUACUGAUCCGGCUAAGGAGACGUUGCAGGAUGAGAGUGAGCAGAAAGUGUCUACUAUGGAGGAUAGGAUAUUACAUGUGCAGGGUGAGUUGAGGCAGUUGAUUCAGAAGUCGAAUAUAGCUUCGUUGUCGUCUUGGAUGAAGAAUUUGAGUAAUGGGGAGGAGAGGUUUCGGUUGAUUCCGAUAAGGAGGGCUACAGAGGAUCCUAUGGAGGUUAGGUUGGUUCAGACUAGAAGGCCGAAUGAGAUUAAGAAGGUGACUAAGACGCCCGAGGAAAGAAGAAAAGAGAUUGAGGUAAGGGUAGCUGCUGCGAGGCUUUUGCAGCAGAAGUCGGAGUCUCCUCAGUCUCCGAACGAAGGAGAUAGGGAAGACAGAGCAUUGGAUUUGAAUUCAGGGUCUAGUCAGAGGACAGGCGAGAGGCGAAGACAUUUGAGAAAGAAUGGCUCUACAGCUGAAAGGAGAAAGUGGGUGUUAAGUUAUUGGGAUUCGGUGGGUAUGGAUGUGAAAAAGGACUUGCUUAAGAUUAAAAUAAGUGAUAUUGUGUCCCACUUCAACUCUACAAAGGAUACUUUGCUAAAAGAUGUUUUAUCAGAAGCUUUGUCUUAUGCUGAAGCCAAUAAAACAUGGAGAUUUUGGAGUUGCUGCAUUUGUUCUGAGAGAUUUUCCAAUCAGGAAUUUCAUAGGCAGCAUGUUAUGCAGGUUCACCUUCAGACUCUCCCGCCAAAAAUGCAGAGAAUUUUGCCUCAACAUGUUGACAAUGAAUGGAUUGAGAUGAUUCUUAAUUGUUCCUGGAAGCCUUUGGAUGUCUCAGCUGCAGUUAAAAUGCUUGAUUAUAAAGCAAAAUUCAGAGGUUCAUCACGUCCGGAGGAUUAUCUUACUCAGGACUACGAUGAUUGUUUUAAAGAUUCAAACAGUUCUUACCAUGAACAGGAAAGUUUAGGGUACAGUGCUGUUAAUUGUACGUCCGAAAGCAGUAAGUAUUAUAAAAUUGAUGAAAGUGAUGUCAGAGAAGGCAUUGAAGACCAACAAUUUAUGGCAAAUCCUGUUUCUGAUUGUUGGCCUGUAUCUGAUGACGAGGAGCGUGCACAACUUCUGGAGAAAAUCCAUGGGGCAUUUGAGAUACUUAUUAGAUACAAAUGUCUUGCUGCUGGUCAUCUUCACAAGGUCAUACAAUUUAGUAUAAGUGAGAUCCAGGGUCUUGCUGCUGGUUCUGAACUUCUAAAACAUGAUAUAGACCAAACGCCAAUGUGUAUAUGCUUUCUGGGAGCUUCACAGCUCAAGAAAAUUCUUCAAUUUCUGCAGGAAUUGUCUCAUGCUUGUGGGUUGGGUAGAUAUGCUGAUAAAAGUAGUAGUCCCAAGAAUGAUUUGCAUGAUAUCAGUCAAGGUGCUGAAGCCAAAGAAAAAAUUGUUCUCAGUGGAGAUGCAUCAUGCCUCCUCCUGGAUGAGUGUCUACUGCGAACACAAGUCACUCCUGGUAUAACGCAGGAGGCUGUCUUCGAGGACCUGGUCACUCCAAGUUCUCCUGAUGGAAUUUCAGACAGUAGUGGUGCUUUGCUGUCCUGGCUAUAUGCAAGUCGACCUAUUGGGGAUCAUUUUGCGUCAUGGAGUCGGACCAAAGAAGAUAAAAUGUGUCAAGGACAAGAAAUGGUCCGGGCACUUGACAAGGAGUUUUACCAAUUACAUAGCCUGUGUCAGAAAAAGUGUGAACGUUUGAGUAUUGAGGAAGCACUACAGACAAUAGAGGAUCUUUGUCUUGAAGAAGGUAAGAAGAGGGAAAACGUGAGUGAAUUUGUGCAGCGAAGCUAUGAGUCAGUCUUAAAAAGGCGGAGAGAUGAGCUUGCAGAGAGGGAGAAUGAAAUGAUGUAUCCCGGCAAUAGGGUUGAGUUUGAUUGUAUAACAAAUGUUUUGCAAGAAGCAGAAACAACGAGUCUUAAUAAUCAAUAUUGCUACGAUGAAGCUUAUACUGGCGUGGCUUCUCAGUUAUGUGACUUGGAAUCCGGUGAAGAUGAUGAAUGGAGAAUGAAGGACUGCUUGCAUCAGAUGGAUGGCUGUAUAGAAAUUGCUAUUCAGAAACUGAAAGAGCACUCAUCUAUAGAGAUUAGCAAAGUUGACGCUGAAAUAAUUAAAUGUGUUUCAGAGGUGCAGCUAUUGGAACUCAAGCUUGGGCAUGUUUCUACCUAUGAUUAUCGAGCAAUACUAGUGCCUCUGGUGAAGCUGUACCUAAAGACACUUUUGGAAGAUUUGGCUGAGAAAGAUGCAAGGGAGAAAUCUGAUGCUGCAGGUGAAGCAUUUUUGGCUGAACUUGCUCUUGAUUCCAAGAAGAUUGGCAAAGGGGGAAAUGAGAACACGAGACAUGUGGAGAAGACAAAGGAUAAGAAGAAGAAUAAAGAUCACAGAAAAACAAGAGAUUUGAAGGCCACAAGUGGUUCUAUGCACCCCUUGUUUCAGUCUACAAAUCUUGAUUCCGAUCUAGUAUCACCUGACAGUGAAUUUCAAGAUCAUGAAGUCGUUUCUAUGAAUGAUGAUGAUUUGGAACACCAUGAAGAGGAAUUUAGACGUAAAAUUGAGCUUGAAGAGGAGGAAAAAAAGCUUGAAGAAACCUUGGAACUUCAACGAAGGAUUGAAAAUGAGGCCAAACAGAAGCACCUCGCUGAACAACAGAAGAAAUUAUCUGGUACAUGUUUAGAGGAAAUGACUGACAAACUUCAAGAUUGUCAAUUGAAGACUGUUCCUGAUGGCUUGGACGUGCAAGAACAUAUAAGACUACCUAUGCAGGAACAGUUGGCAAAGGAGAAUGGGUGCCCAAGCAAUCUGGAGGUUGUGCUUAGUACCACAGUGAAUGGUUCCAUGAUGCCGACUAAAUCUUCAGCCGAUUCCGCUUCCCAAAAAAUUAAUAAUUUGCACCAGUCAAAAAUUAAACAAGACAUGCCCAAUGGAAUCGUUCCAGAGAAUGGUCUGCCUUUGCCUGAUCGGCGUGCAGGAAAAAAACAUAAACGGAAUAGGAAUUUGUCUAAAAUGGUUGAUGGAAAGUUGGAACACAAUGAGAAUAUUGAGGACUCAAAUACUGUCAAUCAAGAUGCCAAACAUUUGUUGGAAAACAAUGGAACAAAGGUGAUGAAAGAAUUGCAAGUGGAAGAUGAGGAGGAGGAAAGAUUCCAAGCUGAUCUUAAAAUGGCUGUACGUCAAAGCCUAGACACAUAUCAAGCACGUGGAAGUUUGCCUUUGGUUUCGAGUUUGAGAAUGCCUCAAAGACCUUCCUCACAAGUAGACUGUUCAGGUCUUGCACCUGUGGAAGACUCAGCGCAGGAUGUGAAUGGAGCUAAUUUGCUUGGUACGGGACUGAGGAAUGAAGUGGGUGAAUAUAAUUGUUUUCUCAAUGUUAUUAUUCAGUCAUUGUGGCAUUUAAGACGCUUUCGGGUGGAAUUUCUUGGCAGAUCAAGAUCAGAGCAUGAUCAUGUGGGUAAUCCCUGUGUUGUCUGUGCGUUGUAUGACAUAUUUACUGCUCUAGACCUUGCUUCAAAGGAUUCAAGGAGAGAAGCAGUUGCACCUACUUCCCUGCGGAUAGCUCUAAGCAAUCUAUAUCCACAUAGUAACUUCUUCCAAGAGGCUCAGAUGAAUGAUGCUUCGGAGGUACUGGCUGUGAUAUUUGAUUGCCUUCAUAGAUCAUUUACUCGUGGUUCAAGUGUUUCUGAUUCAGAAUCAGUGGAAAGCAAAUGCAUGGGGUCUUGGGAUUGUGCAGCUAGUAGUUGUAUAGCACAUUCACUUUUUGGAAUGAACAUUUUUGAACAAAUGAACUGCUACCAUUGUAAUCUUGAGUCCAGACAUUUGAAGUAUACUUCCUUCUUCCAAAAUAUAAAUGCCAAUGCCCUCAGGACAAUGAAGGCUAUGUUUCCCGAAAGCUCCCUUGACAAGCUUUUGAAUCUUGUGGAGAGGAACCAUCGGUUGACUUGUGAUCAAGAAGUUGGCGGCUGUGGCAAGCUCAACCACAUCCAUCACUUCCUUUCAACUCCACCCCAUGUUUUUAUGACAGUUCUAGGUUGGCAAAAUACAUGCGAGAGUGCUAAUGACAUAGCUGCAACUCUGGCAGCCCUGAGCACCAAGAUAGAUAUCAGUGUCCUUUAUCGUGGUUUAAAUCCUAAAAGCACCCAUAACUUGGUUUCAGUGGUAUGCUACUAUGGCCAGCAUUAUCAUUGCUUUGCUUAUAGCCAUGACCACGGCCAAUGGAUUAUGUAUGAUGACAAGACUGUAAAGAUAAUUGGUGGAUGGGGCGAUGUUCUUACUGUCUGCGAGAGAGGGCAUCUACAACCUCAGGUGCUCUUCUUUGAAGCUGUAAACUAGAUUUCGGGUGGAACUCACUUUGGCAUCAAAUUGGUUUCUGGUGUGGUCCUGUUUAGGCUGAUGUGUUGCACUACACAUGAGUGGUUUAUAUGCUGCAAGUUUCACUGGUGUCCAACAAGUUUUGGCGUACAUACCUCAGGAUAUACAGUGUUAUAAAUUUUGUGAUACAGUUCUUGAUUUUAGUAGGAACAGAUUAUCGGGGGGAAAAUGAUGACGAAUACUUUUAGUGUAACUGGAUUUGAUUUGGAAGAAAGCAGAGAGUGGUGUUUGGCACAGAGCAUUGCCCAACUCAGUUGGUCAUUUUGAGAAUAUCAGAUUCAUUUAUUGUAUCCAUCCAAUAAGCAGGUUUUGGCAUUGCUAGAAGAACCUCAAGUCGACCAGCAAUCUGUAAGAAGAUCUUAGCCUGUUUUAGAUGAAAAUAAUUGCCCAUUAUUGUCGGGUAACAUAUAGCAAUUUGUGCGAAGGGAAUUCAUUCUUCAGUUGUUGAGGAAAUUUCCUUCCCACCCCCUCCAACCCCCAAACAGAAAAAAGAUGAUCUGUAUAGUUCUUACACAAUUAGAUUUGUCCCAGUGUCAGCUUGUUGCAAAUAUGGAUGAAAAAGGAGUGUUGAUUACUGAUCUACUGGACAACUUUUCUACCACUCACGAUACCUGUGAUGGAAUGUGCUGCAUGUCUGGCUUUGUGCCUACUCAGUAAAUUGAGGAGAUUCCGUCCUUUGGCUUUGUACCUUAUUUACUUUUUGUUGUAGGGUGGGGGAGAGAAGGUAGGAUCUCUGUGGAUUGAGUGUAAGUGAACUAAUGAUAUCAAAUUAUAGUUGCAGGUAGUAACCGUAGCUCUGUGUGAGUGAAAAGCUGAAAGUUUUUGGCACAAUUUUGUCCUACACCUUUUGGAAAUAGCGUCAAGUGAGAUGGAUUAUGUGAUACUUAAUUCUUCUAUAUAUAUUGAUGCAAAAUGUGUAACUAUAUGUUUUCCUUUUUC